CUAACCCAACCUAUACAUUCACAGUUUACAGUGCAAUUAUAAGAAUUUUUGAAAAAUUAUGUAGUAUCAUUAAGGUGUCCUCAUCAGUCACCACUGCGUGUACCGGCUAGGUACGGCAUUGGCAGCAAGCUGUGACGUCGCUGACGCAUGCGAUAAAGCUCUCGCGUGCGAUAAAAUCUCACGACUGCCCAACACUGCUAAGUUAGUGACAUCUAUUAGUGAAAGUCGUAACUUUGUUCGAUAAUCGAAAUUGUUAUUCGAUCUGCAAUAUAUCGAUAAUAUGUUGAAUCUCGAAAAAUUCUGUUUUCCUGUUUUCCCGCGAAAAAUUAUAAUGAACGCACGUUGAUCGUUCAUAUGUACAUCAACUUAACUCUGUACUCGUGAAAGAUAUUUCUAAGAAUUUUAUUGUGUUAAAAAAGACAGUGUAAUUGAAAUUAAAAUGGAUGCAAUCGAUAGAGAUCAAAGAUUUGAAGAAAUUCAAAGAGAAUAUAUGGAUUUUUUAGAUGACAUGGAGGAUCAAGGAAUUUAUACUACUUAUGUAAAGAAUAUGAUUGAAGACAAUAGGCGUAGAUUGUUUGUAAAUAUUAACGAUUUGAGAAGAAAAAAUCCUAUUCGUGCAGCAAGCUUGUUGGAUAAUGCUUUUGAAGAACAUCAUGCUUUUGAAUUAGCAUUAAAACAAUUUGUUGCAAGUAUUGACACUGAGUAUGCUAAAGAAAAUAUAGAUUUAUUUAUAGGAUUUGAAGGGAGUUUCGGAAAUAGACACGUUACACCAAGAACCCUUACAUCACGGUUCUUAAGUAACUUAGUGUGUUUGGAGGGUAUUGUUACAAGAUGUUCUUUAGUACGACCAAAAGUUGUAAAAAGUGUUCAUUAUUGCAGUGCCACUAAAACUAUAAUGGAAAGAGCUUAUACUGAUUUUACCUCGUUUGAGGCAUUUCCACAAUCUGCUGUAUAUCCAACUACAGAUGAAGAUGGCAAUUUAUUAGAAACAGAGUUUGGUCUUUCUACAUACAAAGAUCAUCAGACAUUAACUAUACAAGAAAUGCCUGAAAAAGCACCAACUGGUCAACUACCAAGGAGCAUUGAUAUUAUAUGUGAUAAUGAUUUAGUAGAUAUUUGUAAACCAGGGGACAGAGUUCAGAUUGUUGGAAGUUACAGAUGUCUUCCUGGCAAACAAGGUGGAUAUACAACAGGAGCUUUUAGAACAAUUUUAAUUGCUAAUAAUAUUAUGCAGUUAAGUAAAGAAGCCAAUUUAACUAUUUCGCAUAACGAUGUUGCCAUGUGUAAGAAACUUGCUAAAAAUAAUCCAUGUAAAAAUAUUUUUGAAUUACUCAGUAAAUCACUGGCACCUUCUAUACAUGGUCAUGAUUAUGUGAAGAAAGCAAUUUUAUGCUUAUUACUUGGUGGUGUAGAGAAACUAUUACCGAAUGGUACAAGAUUGAGAGGGGAUAUUAACGUUUUACUCAUAGGUGAUCCAUCUGUUGCAAAGUCACAACUUUUGCGUUAUGUUUUGUGUACUGCACCGAGAGCGAUACCAACUACUGGUAGAGGAUCUUCAGGAGUUGGGUUAACAGCUGCUGUUAGUAUGGAUAAUGAAACUGGGGAACGCAGACUUGAAGCUGGCGCUAUGGUGUUAGCAGACAGAGGAAUCAUUUGCAUAGAUGAAUUUGAUAAAAUGUCAGACAUUGACAGAACAGCAAUACACGAAGUUAUGGAACAGGGAAAAGUAACUAUUGCUAAAGCUGGAAUACAUGCUAGCUUAAAUGCUAGGUGUUCUGUUUUGGCAGCUGCAAAUCCAGUUUAUGGAAGGUAUGAUCAAUAUAAAACGCCAAUGGAAAAUAUUGGCUUACAAGAUUCACUACUGUCACGUUUUGAUCUGUUAUUUGUUAUGUUGGAUUUGGUUGAUUCUGAACAAGAUCAAAUAAUUAGUGACCAUGUUGUGAGAAUGCAUAGAUACAGGAAUCCUAUGGAACAAGAUGGAGAAGCAUUACCACUAGGUAGCAAGAUAGAUAUACUAACUACGAAAAAUCCGGAUGAAAUAAUUUCUGAAGGCACAGAAACUCAAAUUUAUCAGAAAUAUGAUCCUUUAUUGCAUGGUUUGUCCCGUUCAAAAAGUGAUCAACUUCUAACUAUAAAUUUUAUGAGGAAAUACAUUCACAUAGCUCGUUGUAUGAAACCAAAACUCACAGAAGAAGCUAGUGAAGUUAUUGCUAGUGAAUACUCAAAAUUGCGGUCAGAAGAAUCACUAGAUUCAGAUGUAGCAAGGACACAACCUGUAACAGCUCGUACUUUGGAAACAUUGAUUCGGUUGUCUACUGCACAUGCAAAAGCUCGUCUAUCAAAAAAUGUUACUGCUGAAGAUGCGCAUGCAGCAAUAGAACUUGUAGAAUUUGCUUACUUUAAACGAGUACUAGAAAAGGAAAGGAAGAAGCGCAGACGGCAUGAUAGUGAAGAAAGUACACCCGCAGAAAAUGAAACCGAGAAAAAACAAAAGCGUACGAAGAAAACGGAUGGACCUUCGGAUGAUCCAUAUGACUUUGAUAGUGAUGAUGACUCUCAGAUGCAAGAAGUUACAAGAAAAAUGACUAGAUCGCAAUCAAAAGUAGCUAGUUCCCAAAAGUCAACAACAGAUUCUGAACAAACUGUAGUACCAGAAACACCCACAACUAUUACCGACGAAAGGCUGAAAGUCUUUAGAACACUUUUACAUAAAUUGUUCCAACAACAAAGGGCACAAUCACUUCCGCUAUCAAGAGUACGUGAAUACGUUAAUACUCAACAAUCUCAAGAAUUUACAUCAGGGGAAAUUACCGCUGCAAUUAACAAAAUGUCUGAUGCUAAUCAAAUUAUGGCUGCAGACGAUAACAUUUUUCUUAUGUAAAUUCUUCUAUUAUGUAUGUAAGCCGUUUUAUAUUUUUUUACUAUGCUUAGCUGUAAAUUUGUCAUGGACUUUUAUAUUAUUUUAAAUAUUUUAAAGAAUUUUUAUAUACCAAAAACUGUAUUUCAAUAAUUUAUACUUUA